UUCAUCAACACGUUUGGCUAUCAACAACACUACAAAUCUUUUCCUCGCUUUUUCUCGUCUGUCGGCUGUUCGGCUGCAAAAUCAAAAUUAUUUAUUAAAUUAUCGCAAGCACUGGGGCGCUUGCCGUUUUAACAAACACACUAACCCAAACACCAAGAGGAGCCACAACAGCUAGGUGGACCAACAGCCGCGACGAACCGAGAAGCGAGGGAAAUAAAGAAAAUAACCCCCUUGAAUCGUGAAUUCUAACGCGGCGCGUGUGCGGCACAUACAUACGUAACAAAGUCUAUUGACGCAAAGCUAAAAUAUACAAAAAGAAAAAAAAGAAACGAAAAGCAAAGUAAAGGUGAAAAAACAGUGAAGAGUAUAAAACCGCGUGCAUCGAAUGCCUUCGACGCUACCCGACACCCGCAUGGACGAGGAUAUCAUUGAAAUUAGCGACAGCGAACGAGAGGAUAACUCAUCAAACUCCGACAUGGAUGUGGAGAUCACCGGAGUGGAUGUGGGCACUGGGGUACAGGUGGUGCCGCCGUCGCAGCAGUCCCCCCAACCUGCUGAUAUUGACGUCAAGCUGACGGCCGAGGAAAUCGUACCCAAGGACGCGGCAACCAUUGCUGAAGAGAAAAAGAAGCUGGGCAACGACCAAUACAAGGCACAAAACUACCAGAAUGCACUCAAGCUCUACACCGACGCCAUAUCCUUGUGCCCGGACUCGGCCGCCUACUAUGGCAAUCGUGCCGCCUGCUACAUGAUGCUGCUCAACUACAACAGUGCCCUGACCGAUGCCCGGCAUGCCAUCCGGAUCGAUCCUGGUUUCGAGAAGGCCUACGUCCGCGUGGCCAAGUGCUGUCUGGCAUUGGGCGACAUCAUCGGCACCGAGCAGGCCAUCAAGAUGGUCACGGAGCUCAACUCGCAGAGCACAGCCGUCAGUGGGGAGCAGUCGGCGGUGCAGAAGCUCCGCCAGCUGGAGACCACCAUUCAGAGCAACUACGACACAAAGGCCUACCGCAAUAUGGUCUUCUAUCUGGACAGUGCCCUAAAGCUGGCACCCGCCUGUUUGAAGUACCGCCUUUUGAAAGCCGAGUGCCUGGCCUUUUUGGGUCGCUGCGAUGAAGCCCUGGACAUUGCCGUGGGUGUUAUGAAGUUGGACACCACCUCGGCGGAUGCCAUUUAUGUGAGGGGCUUGUGCCUGUACUACACUGACAACCUGGAGAAGGGCAUCCUGCACUUCGAGCGCGCCCUGACCCUCGAUCCCGAUCACUACAAAUCGAAGCAGAUGCGCAGCAAGUGCAAACAGCUCAAGGAGAUGAAGGAGAACGGCAACAUGCUCUUCAAAUCGGGUCGGUAUCGCGAGGCACAUGUCAUCUACUCCGAUGCCCUGAAGAUCGACGAGAACAACAAGGACAUCAACUCCAAGCUGUUCUACAACCGAGCUCUGGUCAACACACGGAUGGGCAACUUGCGGGAUGCGGUGACCGACUGCAGUCGGGUGCUGGAGCUGAACAGUCAGUAUCUGAAGGCGUUGCUGCUGCGGGCCCGUUGCUACAAUGAUCUGGAGAAGUUCGAGGAGUCGGUGGCCGACUAUGAGACGGCACUGCAGCAGGAGAAGUCGUCGGAUAUCAAGCGACUGCUGCGCGAAGCCAAGUUUGCGUUGAAGAAGUCGAAGCGAAAGGACUACUACAAGAUCCUUGGCAUCGGCCGCAAUGCAUCCGAUGAUGAGAUUAAGAAGGCCUACCGCAAGAAGGCCCUGGUGCACCAUCCCGAUCGGCAUGCCAACAGCAGUGCCGAGGAGCGCAAAGAGGAGGAGCUGAAGUUCAAGGAGGUGGGCGAGGCGUAUGCCAUCCUGUCAGAUGCCCGCAAAAAGCAGCGUUACGACAGCGGCCAGGACAUUGAAGAGCAAGAGCAAGCCGACUUUGACCCGAACCAAAUGUUCCGUUCAUUCUUCCAAUUUAAUGGCGGCGGCGGCCGGAAUUCGUCCUUCAACUUUGAGUUCUAAGACCUUGCUCCUCCAUAGAGAACAUAGCACCUCGACUCCCAUUUCUGCCUCAUCGGAAGCCAAACACAGCAGCGCACACAUUUCAAGACCUUUGUUUUGCAUACUUUCCUAUCCAACCACACCAUGUUUUUGUUUUUCUUUUUUUUUUUAGAAAAAAAAACGUCAAUUUAUAUUGAACUUCGGAUUUAAAACCAGCAAAUUUAAAGUGUAUA